AUGCAGUGGCCUGGUGGCAAGCGGAGGAGGGUUUGCUUUGCUUUGUGUCUGUCUGUCUUUUACACCUUUCCCCCUCAUUCUGAUGUACAUGGUUCUUCACACACACACACACACACACACACACACACACACUCUUAAUCCUCACAACCCUGAGAGGUAGGGCAGGCUGAGCGGCAAGGCCCGGCCCAAGGUGAGCUUCAUGGUUAAUGAGUGGGGAUUUCUGAACCCUUGUCUCUCCCAAGGUCUGAGUCUGACACUAACCACUGUCUGCACCACCACUGGCUCUCAAUGCCGAAGGUUUGACCCCCACCGGCACCUCCAGGUAGGGUUGCAAGAGCCUGUAACUCUCAUGUGCCACCUUACACAAGAUUUUUUCACUGUUAAUUUUGGCAGAAAUGAUCAGUGUUGCUAAAGAAGCUUUCACUCGCUGUCCAUAGGUAAUGUUACUGAAUUUUUUUGAUGAUACCAAUAUUGCCAAAAGAACUGGCCUUGUAAAUUCCCUUGGCAGCUCAAAUAAUAUUUGCAACUCAGUGGCAAGCAAGCAGCCCAAAAUCAAACUGUUGAACACUUGGCACCACUCACACUGGAAUGUAGCUAUAAUGAAGAAAAUUAUGCAUAAUUUUAGAUUCGACAAGAACAUCCAUAUGCUUUUAUAUAAUUUGGCAUUCCUUUACUAUAUAUGCAAUGGAGAAAUCAUUUUCAAGACAACGCUCAUCACAAACCUGGCAAAUCUUGAACUAGACUUGAUAAUCAGAUUACACUAACUUUUUUUUUUGUAUGUGAAGACAUUCUAACUUCUUUUUUUCUAUGGCUUGGAUUUUGUUACUUAACCCAUGUGUAACUGUGUUUCCCUUUUUCCCUUUUUUAGUUUUGUUUUUCGUCUUUCAAUGUUCACCUGCUGUUAUAAUUGUUCUGUUUUAAAAAUACCUACAAACAAAAAGAGCCAUCUUACCAGUCAGUGCUCCCCUGCUUUAAUUUUAUCUUCACAACAAGCCUGUGAGGUUGUCCAGGCUGACUACUAGGAGUCACUCAGUGACCUUUGUGAGUAAAGAGGGAUUUUAGCCAUCUUUUUAACUAUCUUACCUAGCUUGCCUGGUUCAACUAACUUACCACAUUACAAGUGGUUGCAGAAUUGUCGUACACUACUCAUAGUCUCAGUCUGGCUCCAACCUAUAAUGUGGAGAUAACAACAUGCAGGGCUGUUGUGUAAACAUCGUUUCUCAGCUUGACCCCCUAGUCUGCAAUAUUAACCAUGGAGAUUGUAGCUCAUCAGUAUUAAGCUGCUCUGUCUAUCAGUCCUCCCCUGCAAUAGAGUGAUAAUGAACUGAAUUUUUUAAUUGGCAGGGGAAUUUUUAGCAGGUCAUUUUUGAAAUGGAUUCCUCCUCCGAGGAGAUUUAAAAAUGUUUUUCUUUCAAACUAAACUUGGAAGUCCUGAAUCCAAGGAAAAGACUGGGUUUCUCUUCUAUUUUUCUGAUCUCUCUACAGCACCUCGAAGGCAGGACUCCAGCAGGGGGCCUCUGUGUGACGACAGUCCCCCGGUGACUGGCAAAGGAAAGGGCAGCUUCGGCUUCGUCUCGCGACAUCAGCGUACAUCGUCGCGAGAGCUCAUACACCGGUCGCUAAGCGCGUUUCCUUUCCCAUGAGAUUUGCCAGGACUAUAGUAAGGGCAAGAUGGCCGCUCUUCCAGCUUCAAACUGCAUUCAAAUAAACUUUAUUGACAACCUAAUCGGUUGCCAAGCAAACGUGGUCAGAUUGGGGAGGAAGGAAAUCAGCGUUUUAAAUAUUAUUAUUAUGCGUGUAUGGGGUGUUAGGGGAGGGGUACACUGGUGGGGGCCAUGUCGUAUUCCUUCUGGGGUAGUUUUUGUCCACCUUUGGUCCCCACCCUGCACUCAGCUCUCACCUAUGGCUCCUAGAAGCUGUCAGCAUACGACAGCAGCCACACCCCAGGAAUGGCUUCGACUGGCCGGCUAAACCAGGUGAGGGCUUAAUGCAGAAUGCUGCAGUGCAAUUGCUCACAGGAGCAAGACCUUGCCAGCAUAUAACACCCCUGCUCAGAGACCAGCGCUGGUUGCCAAUUUGCUAAUGGUGUUACUACAGUCAAAGUGUGUGUGUGUGUGUGUGUGUGUGUGUGUGUGUUGCUAAAUAAAUAGAUAAAAUAAAAGGAGGAACUUGAAUGUGCUUACAUGGUUCUGCAUCUCCUCAUUUCAUCCCUACAACAACCCUGUGAGGUAGGCUAGGCUGAGAGAGAGAGAGCGACUCACAUAGCUGUCAACUGUUCCCUUUUCUUGCGAGGAAUCCUAUUCGGAAUAAGGGAAUUUCCCUUAAAAAAAGGGAAACGUUGACAGCUAUGAGCGACUGGCCCAAGGUCACCCAGGUCCUAGUCAAAAUUCUAUAGCCGCUGCACCACACUGGCUCACAAGGGGUAGGGGUCAACACCAAUGAGCCCCCCCAGAGUCCUGGUGCCCCGGAUACCUGCCCAGGUUUGCCAGGUACUUUGUUGUUGUUGUUUAGUCGUUUAGCCAUGUCUGACUCUUCGUGACCCCAUGGAACAGAGCACGCCAGGCACUUCUGUCUUCCACUGCCUCCCGCAGUUUAGUCAAACUCAUGCUGGUAGCUUCGAGAACACUAUCCAACCAUCUCGUCCUCUGUUGCCAGGUACUAGGGUUGCCAUAUGUCUGGAAUUUCCCAGACAUAUACGGAACACUGCAGUCGGAAGCAGUGUCUGGGCAAAAAUCGAAAACAAAAAUGUAUGGGAAAAUCCGUACAUAUGGCAACCCAUGGCAAACUUCAUUCUUUUCUCUUUUUUGCGAUUUUGCCAAAAAUCUCAACAGCUUAAGAAAGGUCAACAACUUUGCCCACCUGCCCCCCAUGAAAGAAAGCUAAACAACUUUUCUGUCUGGAUUGUCACUGUUUGAAAUAUGGCAACCCUACCAGGUACUGAUCCCUGACCCUGACUAAACCCAACACCAUGAAUUAAUAGAAAAUAUUUUGUGGAGAGGAGGCUAAUAUGUAUUAAUAAUUGUUCUUGGCUCAGUCAGAUUGCAGAAAGAAAAAAACACUCCGUUUCUCCACUUACAUCCAAAGUAGGGUGGCCAUGUGUCCUUCUUCAGAGAAGGCAAUCUGGUUUAAAUGGUCUCCCUUGGCAGGUUGUGAACUCUCCUUUCUUGGGGGUUUUUAAGCAGAGGUUGGAUGGUCAUCUGUUAUGGAUGUUUUAGCUGAGAGUCCUGCAUUUUCAGGGGGUUGGACUAGAGAACCCUUGGGGUCCCUUCUAACUCUACGAUUCUAUGAAAUAUACAUAAUCCAAAAAAGGCUUUAAAUGGCUUAGCAGCACCUGAACAGCAACACUAAGCAGGCCCAGUAGGUAUGGAGAUGUAGAAUCAUUAGAACUGUAGAGUUGGAAUGGACCUCUAGCAGUCCAACCCUCUGCAAUGCAGGAAUAUGCAACUGUACCGUAAGAGGAUAAAACUUGCAACCUUUGCAUUAUCAACACCAUGCGCUAACCCAAGCAUAGGCAAACUCCGGCCCUCCAGAUGUUUGAGACUACAAUUCCCAUCAUCCCUAGCUAACAGGACCAGUGGUCAGGGAUAAUGGGAAUUAUAGUCCCAAACAUCUGGAGGGCCGGAGUUUGCCUAUGCCUGCUCUAACCAACUACCUUAUGUUUCUAUUUAAAUGACAGCAAUUACUUCUAAAUUUGCAUCUAACACACACACAUGAAGCCUCAUACCCAGCAGAAUUCUAAUAAACCAAAAAGUUUCCUCUGCCAUCUUGAUUCAAAAUGACAUCCAAUUUUAUCCAAACAUAGAUGAAAACAUGCUCCUAGAUCUCAGGAACCACCAUGUAAAAUUUGUUUGCGAAGUGUCCAUCAUUUCUGGUGCUGGUUUUGACCUUUAAAGCCCUUCACUGCCUAGGACCCUCGUACCUACGGGACCGCCUCUCUUGGUAUGCCCCAUGCAGAGCCUCAAGGUCCAUAAAUAGCAACACCCUAGUGGUCCCAGGCCCUAAGGAAGUUAGAUUAGCUUCAACCAGAGCCAGGGCCUUUUCAACACUGGCUCCGGCCUGGUGGAAUGCUCCGCCUCAUGAGACCAGGGCCCUGCAGGAUCUGAUUUCUUUCCGCAGGGCCUGUAAGACAGAGUUGUUCCGCCUGGCCUUUGGCUUGGAGCCAAUUUGCUUCCUGCCCCCUCUUUCUUUUUUCUUUUCCUUUCUCCUCCUGCGAUGAGGCUACAUUUUAAUAUUUUAAUGUUUCAAUAUUUUAAUGUUGUAUUUUAAUUUUGUUUUUAAGUUGUAUUCAUUCUACUUGUUUUUAUUAUUGCUUGUUAGCCCCCUGAGCCCGGCCUUGGCUGGGGAGGGCAGGGUAUAAAUAAAAAAUAUUAUUAUUAUUAUUUCCCAUUUGCUGCUCAAAAGGAUAAAUUGACAUAAAUUUGACAUUAACCCAAAAUGAUGCUCAGAAGCCGGUUCGGAUAAAAGUUCAGCCUGCCAGUCCUUACCUCAGGGUCACUGGACUUCCGGCAAAAUGAAUUCAAAAGGGAAACUUCAUAGUGAAACUGCAGUAAGUUACAUUUGCUUAGGACUUCAUCGGGUCCAAGCUUUUAUUUCCCACUACAGGUGCUCCAUCUAGCUCAGUAUUGUCUACACUGACUGGCAGCAGUGGCUCUCCAGGGUUUCAGGCAGGGGACAUUUUCAGCCAUAUCUGGAGAGGCAGGGAAUUGAACUCAGCUACACAGCUGCAAAUAUAACGUUCUAAGUGCAUUUUAAGUGCAUUAUACAACUGUGGCACUAGAUGGCAAUGGUGAGCUAUUGGCAAAUUCAGUAUUUUCACAGCUUUUUAUAUAUGCAUAGAUUCCACCUGGUACCUUCUGUUCUGCCAGUGAGCCAGAGCUCUCCUCCUAAAACUAGAUACUGUACAAGUUUCUAGCCCUUAUGGCUCCCAAUUAAUGGCUGAUUGACCUUGGGCUCUCCUGCAUGCAAGGCAGUUACUCUUUCACUGAGCUACAGCCUAGGAAACACUGGGAACAUAAUGUUAUCACCAAUCACUGUAUUGUGAAUGCGCUUAUCUUAUAUCUUAUAUAAACUUGAGCUUAGCCUGGAAAUGGCACAGAUUUACAGUGCCAUGUGCAUUUUGUGGCCUUUUAGCCAGUUUGUACAUUCCUACCCCUACCCCUGCACCUCCCCUGUUAAAAAUCAAUCAUUUUGAGGAGCUACCUUAGCAGGUUUGCAUGCCUUUCCCUCCGGAAUUUGCCUUUGUUGACCAAGCAGUUUGAAACCUGCCGUUCAAACUCUUGUCCAGCUCAGGCUCCUGUAUACAACUGGGCAAAACAAAUAUUGACCUGACAGCAGAACGCACUCUGCUCAACAGCAAUCAUGCUCAGACUUGGCUCAGCUCUGGAAACGAUACCAAUUUAAAAACAAAAACAAAAAAACAUGUUUGCCAUUCUCAAAUGGUGGGAAGUUGAACAGCACUUAACACUUCAAGAGGACAUAAGAGGCAAAACCGAUUGCAUUGUUUUUGUGAGGGGUAUUUGCAAAUACACAGGUUCAGAAGGUGUUUUGGGGACACAGGUGGGAGUGAAAGAACAUCAGUCCUCUGGAAUGUGAAAGCCAAACUUCUCUCCCCAAAACUGCUGGCUGUUCUGGUUUCCCUUCACAGUCACUUGAACUGUGAAGUGUGACUGGGCAGCAGCAAAAUGUUCAUCAGAGUCCACCCACAACUUGGUCAUCCAUCCCCAGGUCUGAAGUAAAGGAAAUCCCCAUCAAAACCUGUGAUUAAAAAUAAUAAUACUGCUGCCUUCCCCAGCACUUCUAAUUUUGGAAACCUUUAGCAUACUCAGGAAUCAAAGAUUUGUGUCUCUUUUGUUGGAAAUGUAUACUUUUUUUGUGCAUGCUGAAAUUUCCCUUUUUAACGACACCCCACUCAUACUCAGAAACGGAACUUCUUGGUUGCUCUGCGUUGCUACCUGAAACCAAAACAGUAAGAGAUGUUAUUGUGAAAUAUAAAACAAAGGAGUCGUCGUCACAUAAAAUAGGGUUGCCAUAUUUCAAAAAGUGAAAAUCCGGUCAAAAAAGUUGUUGAGCAUAAACGACACUGCCAACAUGGCUUGCCAUACGUUCGGAUUUCCCAGACAACCUCCCAUUUCCUAUUAUAUCCUGGAAAUUCCAGAUGUAAGGCAACCCUAAAAUCAGGACUGAGCCUGAUCUUGAGAGCCAGUAUGGUGUAGUGGUUUGAAUGUCAAACUAGGACCUGGUUUGAAUGUCAAACUAGGACCUUUGAGGGUUCAAAUCCUGGCUCGGCUGCCAUGAAGCUGCCUGGGUGACCUUGAGCUCAGUCACUGCCUCUCAGCUUAAUCUACCUCACAGGUAUCUGAAGAAGUGUGCAUGCACAUGAAAGCUUAGUAUACCCAGAACGAACUUAGUUGGUCUCUAAGGUGGUACUGGACAAUUUUUUAAUUUAUUUCGACUGCAUCAGACCAACAUGGCUACCGACCUGAAUCCACCUCACAGGGUUGUUGUGGGGAUUGAAAAAGGAGGGGGAGAAGCACAUCUAUCCCCUUGGAAAGAAAGGUGGGAUAGAAACGCAAUGAAUAAAUGCAUGAGUAGGCAAACUAAGGCCCGGGGGCUGGAUACGGCCCAAUUACCUUCUAAAUCCAGCCUGCAUCCGAGAAUCAGCGUGUUUUUACAUGAGUGGAAUGUGUCCUUUUAUUUAAAACGCAUCUCUGGGUUAUUUGUGGGGCCUGCCUGGUGUCUUUACAUGAGUAGAAUGUGUGCUUUUAUUUAAAAUACAUCUCUGGGUUAUUUGUGGGACAUAGGAAUUCAUUCCUUCCCCCCCCCCCCCCGCAAAAAAAAUAUAGUCCGGCCCCCCACAAGGGCUGAGGGACAGUAGACUGGCCCGCUGCUGAAAAAGUUUGCUGAUCCCUGAAUAAAUGGCUAAUACUGAUAAAUAAAGUUGGCGUGUAUGUUUAAAAGAGAGAUCAGAACUUGCGGGACUUAGCCGACUCCAUCCACACUUUCCAGGAGGGAUGUGCAUGUGUUUCAAAACUCAGAGGCUUGGAGGGUGGGGCCAGGCAAGCCACCCCCCUGGCCCUUUAAUCCCAGCUCCACCUGGGCUGGUUAAACAGGUUUGAAAGUCCAAGCGAAAGCAGAGGGUAAGCUAAGCAUUUCCAGAGAAUUAUAGUCGCUAUAGAGAACAACCGUUCUUAAACUGGAUCUGCUUCCUGGUGUUUGGAACAAGCUCAGUUUUCUUUCCCCAGGUAAAAAAAGGGGGACGUGAAGGCUGGGGAAGAGGGGAUUUGGAGGGAGCAGAAAGUGGGGACGCUAUUGUGGGAGCCAUGCCUUCCUCCAUUUGGGUAAGCCCUGUUUUAAUUUGCUUCUGUACCUUUUCCUCUUCAGACAUAGGAGCCACCUUGGGUUCUUCCUCUCUCCUAAACAUAGACGGGUUGCAGAAAUAUUUUCCAUUGUGUUUCGGUUGUGAUCUCCACCCCCCCCCCCCACCAUCAUGUUGUGUUUGUGUGGUGGGAAAACUGGCAUUUCCUUGAAAAUGGUCAGUGUUUUCAAUAAAUGCCACAGGCUUUGGGCUCCAAAGUUUUAAAAUAAAAUCGGUGUGUGUGGGUUAGUGAUACACAAAGAAAACUAGGUAAGAAAGCAAGAAAUCUUUUUGCACAUCUGAAUUGCAAAGGGAAUUCUACUCGAGGGAAAUUCUAGACACAGUUCUGUGAUCCUUAGUCAGAAGAGGUAAAUAGUGAUGCUCAGUGGGUCUCCCAGAUAAGUGUAGAUAGAAACGGCAGCAUUACGAAGCAAUAUUGUGGAUGUUUGCUUUGGAUAGGGAACUGUACUGAGCUGCAUGCACACAGGAUUGCUGCUUUAAAUUGUUAGUUUUUAAAUGAGGGGUUUGCCAACUUUUUGGGGCCUCUGGGCGCAUUUAGAAUUUGCAACUCCCAGUCAGGCUAGGGCUGUAUGUUAACUAUGCAAAAGUGGUAUAGGAUUUGGAAGCAAACACGCAAAGCGUUUUACAAAAAAAAGAAGGCAAUACAAUUGUAAAUAAGAAGACUUGAGUCCUGAUAAUUUAAGGUUUUCAAAAAGUAAAAAUAGGAAUAAAUAAAAAACAGAUUAAAGCUCGCAUCAGCUUUCGAAACAUCCUUCCCGUUCUAUGAUUCUAUCUAGGCAGGCUUGUCUAAACAAAAAUGUUUGUAGUAGGUGCCGAAAAAAGGCGCCUGCUUGAUAUCAACAGGCAGGGAGUUCCAGAGUUUGGGUGCUGCCACACUAGAAUAGCGAGUUCUUACAAAGGCAGAAUGGGUAUUAUGUGGCACUUGCGAUGGUGCCAGUUCUGCUGAUUGAAGAUUGUGCUUGUAGACAAACUAACACAACAUUGCAUUGUAGUCAGAGGUGAUGUUACCACAGAUAAAUGUUACGACUCGCCUCCCAUCAUUUAUUUCAUUAAUUCCUCACCAGAACAGCCUAGAACACCUUCUGUUCCCUUUUCCUUUUGGAGAGGUCUGUGAGCCUGAACUUUAUCCAGAUUUUUGUUAUUUAGAUAUCAUGUCUCUGACUCUCUCCAAGGUUGAUAGAAGCUUGUUAACUUUGCAAGCCUGUUGUUGUAACUGAUCCUAUAUAUAUUUGGCAUUUAUAUAUUAUUUCCCAAGUGUGUCAUGAGAAUGCCCGGUUCACCUGUGUAUAUAUAUUUUUUCUGAUGUACUAUUUGGAUGUUUUAAUUCUUUUAUAUCAGUUGCCUAGAAUUGUACAGUUGGAAGGGACCCUGAAGUUUAAUCUUUUUCAUUCUUUACCAACCUGGUGUCCUCCAGAUGUUUCAGACUAUAACUCCCAUCAGCCCUAGCCAGCAUGGGAUGCUGGGACUUGUAGUUCUAAGGUACAACACUGCAUGGGGCUGCCCUUGAAGAUGACUUGGAGACUUCAGGUGUUCCAUUUAUAUCCCAUGUGAUUCCUGUUUUAAACAAGCAGCACUGACUUCCAAUUUGUUUCUGGGCUCAAUACAAGGUGCUCAUGUUAGUAUUUAAUGCCCUAAACAACUCAGACCUCAAAUGCCUUUAAGGUUGCCUCCUUCCCCACAGACUUUCUUGGGUGUUAAGAUUACUUCUUGGUAAUUCCACUCUCAAAUCUUCAGGAGGUGGUGGCCUAGGGACAGGGCCUUCUCUGUAGCAGCCCCUAAGAUAUGGUAUGAUAUGAGGAGCAUCUGGCAUCCUCAUCCUACAGCUUUCAGAAGAUGCUGAAGAUGUGCUUCUUUUUCCCGGCUUUUGACACUUGAGGCGUAUGUUUUUCAGACUUACCUUACUGUUAUGGUUGUAAGCUCUUUUAACUUGUUUUUAAUAUUCUGUUAUAAUUGUUGUAACCCACUCUGAGACCUUAGGGAGAAGGGCAGGUGACUGAAAAACAUACAAGCAGUCAAUCAAUACCUGGAGGACAGCAUGAGAGCUAUCUGAGCCAGGAGCAUUGAGCAGGCAGAAAAAUGAAAUAAGUCAUUGAUCAGGACCCUGUUUGCCUGUUGUACAUUUUCAAAAUUCUAAUCAUGUUUUGGCUUCUAAACUAUGGUGAGAGCCAAACUCAGUGUGGUUUGCUGUAUGUGAAGAGCAUUGGGAGAAUGUAAAAGGCCCCGUACAAAUGGAAAGUAAUUCUCCUUAUCAGUUUUAACGUUUCCUAAUAAGGCAGCAGCUGUCGGCUGGCUGUUUUAAAUGGUGCAGUUCCAUUGUUCACAAGAACGGAAGAAGGGACCUUAUAGAGAGUCAGACUGUUUGUGCAUCGAGCCCAGCAUUGUUGACUGGCAGGUGUCUUUGGAGAACCUUGAGCCUUCUAUGUGCAGAGCAGAAGCUCAGCAAAUGAUUUAUUCUAUUUACUUUUCUUCCAUAACGUGUAUACACCGCACAAUUGUAAACAACAACAAACAAACAAACUCAAUGUGGUUUCCAGAAAGAAUAAAACAAUAAAAUUAUUUGUUAAAAACAACUAUUUAAAACAUUUUGAAAAUAAAAAUAAAAUAAAAUGAGCAAUAAACUAAAAACAAAUUAAAGUACACGCUGGUCCUCUGCGUAUCUGAGCUUGUUUAAACAAGCAUGUUUGGGGUUUUUUUACAUGCACUCUUUUUGAGUGCAAAGAAGGAACUUCCCUGUCAAAAGGCAGGGAGUUCCACAGUGCGGGAGGUUCCACAUUAAAACAUCAAGUUUUGACAAGUGUAGAAAGAAUAUUGUGUGGCACCCGCAAGAGUGCCAGUGAUGAUCGUUCCCUUCAUAGGGAACAAUAACUAACCUAUAUAUUAUUUUUAUUUCAAAAAAAAAAAAAAAAUUACACGCUGCUUGGUUGUAAGAAAAAACUCAUCAAAGUGGUUUACAAAAAGAUGACAAAAUCGAGGGAAAUUAGCAACCCUACUUUAAAACAUACAAAAGUUAAAAUACUAGACAUAAACUCUAUUAAUUGCAGCAAGCCACACAGCUCCGCAUCUUUAACCUGCUGUCUGCUGCUUUUCUAAGAUGCAUAAGUAGUCUGAUUUAAGACUGCAUAGAUAAAAUUAAAACUGAAAUGAAUCGCAUAAACUAUGGGGCUCUGGGUCCAGCUGCCUGACUGGUUGCCAUCUUAACCAGAAGGUUAAAAUUUCCUCAACUUUCUAAGCAUCUGGGCUGGCUUGUCUAAAAAAAAUUUAAUAAUUUCUAGCAGGUGCCGAAAAGAGUAUAGUAAAGGCACCUCCUUGAUCUCAACAGGCAGGGAGUUCCAAAGAGCAGGUCCUGCCGCACUAAAUGACUGAGUCCUUAUAAAUCUGGAAUGGGUAUUACGUGGCACCUGUAGUAUUGCCAUUUCUACCAGUCUAAGCAGGUGGGCACAUACGGGGUAAGGCAAUCUCUUAGGUAAACCGGUCCCGAGUUGUUGAAGGCUUUAUGUGCUAAUAGUAACACCUUGACCUUAGCCUGGGAGCAAAUUUUUAACCAGUGUGGAUUUCUGAGCAGGGAUGCUAUAUGCUUAGAAGGCCUGUGUCCUAUCAGCAAUUGUGCUGCAAAAUUAUGCACGAACUGCAGCUUCUGGAUCAAGCGCAAAGGAAGCCCCACAUAGAGAGCAUGGCUUCCAUACUGUUCCACAAAUAAUAAUAAUCCUGAAAUUUUGCGUAUUGGUAGUGAGAGAAGGACGGUUAUUUAAUGGAGCCUGUCAUUCCUGAUCAACAACUCACGGUUUGGAGGCAGCUGCCCAGGAAAACACCUAAAAGAACAGACUGUUUAUAGAGUUGUAGAAUUAAUAGAGUCAGAAGGGACCAUUUGCAGGAACUGUUCUGGAAUUUCCACCUUGUCUGCCUUCCCGCUCCUUCUUUUUUUGGCAGGAGCUCAGUUGAUGUCAUCCCCCAGUACUCUUGCCUUACCUAUGACCCAUAGCUCAAUGGCAGAGUACCCGCUUGGCAUGCGAAAAAUUCCUGGUUCAGUCUCCACUGACCUCUCCAGCUAGGGCCUUCAAUCAAAUGCAAAAAUAAAAACAUGGCACGGUUUUCUGCAUUGUACAAUUACUGACCCCUCUCUCAUGUACCCUUUUGGGAGGCAGUCUUUGAACACUGAUUUAUUGCAUGCCCACUUUGACAAGCAUCUCUCCCCUCUGUGAGGGUCAGCCAUGGGUCACUGUGGCCAGUGGCCCUAAAAAGAUUAGCCACCCUAGGCUUGCCUGUUUCAGCUGAAAGUAAGCUGCCUUUAUUUUUUGUUUUAACAGCAGACUGGACGGUGAUUUUGAACAAGACAGCAGGUGUUUCAUGGAACUAUAAAAUUCAAUUCUACAAUUCCAGCUUUUGCUUUAAAAAACAAAACAAGCAGCUUCCUUUCAGUUAAGGGAGCCAAGGCUAGAGCGGCUAAUAUUUUUUGAGACUGCAGUCUGCACUGACCCAUAGCUGACCUGGUCAAACUGUUUCAUCAUUAAGGGCAUCCAACUGGCUGAGGCUGUCCAGCCUGUCUCCAGAUCUCCAAGGCCAACACAGGUGUGUGUGAAAUAGCCCAAACAGGCACCAGUACCUUUCCACAGGGCCUGCACUGGUGCAUUCAUAGCUCAGGGCAAUGUCCCUUCACAGCAAAGGCAGCCUCUCCUUAGAGCCCCAUUGCAUAAGAUUGAGCCUGCUGGAUCAGGCCAGUGACCCAUCUAGUCCAGCAUCCUGUUCUAACAAUGACCAAACAAUUCCCGGUGGGAAACCAGCAAGCAGAAUUCAAGCACAAGAGCUCUGACCCUACCUGUGGUUUCUGUUAUGUACUGACGUUCUCACCCUGGGCCAGCAUAGUUUUUACUCAGGUCUGCAUAUGCAAAUAAGGAAUUGAAAGUGACGUUCAGUGAUUGGAUAGUUACAGAAAAUUGUUACUGUUGCUUUGUAGUUGAGCUCUAUAUAAGCAGGUUGGCUGAACCCUUCAGUUCAGUUCUGUUCUGGCCUGUGAAUAAACAAGAGCUGUCUGAAGAAUCGCUAUGUUGUUCACCCACAACGUAACAGUUUCCACCAACUGGUAUUCAGAAGAGUGGCUGGGGAAACCCAGCCAGAUGGGCGGGGUAUAGAUAAUAGAAUUAUUAUUAUUAUCUCUGCUGUGGAGGUGGAGCAUAGCUAUUGUGGCUAGCAGCCAUCGACCACCCUCUCCUCCAUAAAUUUGUCUUAUCUUUUAAAGCUAACCAAGCAAGUGGCAAUCGCUGCCUUCCUGUGGGAGCGAGUUUAACACUGGACUUUCUUUUCUCUGCCCUGAACCUUCCAACAUUCAGCUUCAUUGGAAGCCCACAAGUCCUAGUGUUGUGAGAGAGGAGGAAAAACUUACUCCGUGCCUCAAAUAAUUUUAUAAACUUCUAUUUCACGUCUUACUCAUGUUUUCUCUAAAGUAAGAAAUCCCAAACACUGCCACAUUUCCUUAUAUGGGAGUCAUCCCAUCCCCUUGAUCAUUUUGAGGUCCUCUUUCUAAACCAUUUCCAACUCCACAAUAUGCUUUUUGAGGUGAGGUGUCCAGACCUGUACAGAUUAGUCCAAAUGUGGUUGCACUUUUGUUUUGUUUUGUUUCCUUAUUUGUUAUUAUUCUUUUGUUUCCUUAUCUGUUAUUACUUCAUAUAUAUAUAUGUUUUGACGUCUAUCAGCCUUUGCCAUCCUGGAGCCUUCCAGGUGUUUUGGACUAUAAAUCCCAUCAGCCCCAAUAAGCAUGACUGAUGGGAGUUGUAGCGUGAGGCAUCCGAAGAGCGCCAGGUUAGGGAAGGCCAAUGUGCAGGUGAUAUUUUACUGUAGGGAUGGAAAGAUCAUUGACCAGCAAGAUCUAGAACUCCGAAAUCACUAACAGAAGACAAACAGAUUUAAAGAAAUCUGAGUUCAUAAAUUCUUUUGCUUGUUUUUUUUUUAGUACUGCUAAGGUACAAAAGGAAAAGGAAAAAAAGUACUGCUAAGGUAUGGUACUUCAGCGACAGACGUUUAUAGAAUUAUGCUUGGGGUGGAAAAAGUGAUUAGGGGAGAGUUUUUUUCUCCCUCUCUCGUGAGACUAGAAGUUGUGGACAUUCAACAGAGCUGAAUGUUGGAAGAUUCAGGGCAGAUAAAAGAAAGAACUUUUCUCGCAGCACAUAGUUAAACUAUGGAACUCACAAAUAAAUAUAUUAAAAUAUAGAUGAUAAAAACAGCACUAUUAAAAUUAAUACAAGGGACCCGGCUCAAUAGCAGACAGUGUUAAGCCAAAUGUUCCACCCAAGAGGCCAUGAUGAGUAAUUUGGAGGGAAGUGAUGCCACAUUGGUGUCCUGGGUUGUAGCUGGAAUCAUGAGAGUAGCUAGGGAAAAUGGGUAGAGUUGUGGGGUGUGGCUCCUUCCCUUUUUCCUCCUGGCUUUAUAAUCCUCCAAGUCUUCUUACAACAGGCCAGGAAGGUAGCAUUCUGGUUGGGCCGGGUCCUGGUUUCUGGCUAGGUGACAGCCCAGUUCAUCAUCGCUGAGUAACCAGAGCCUACCUAGUCCUGCUUGAUCUGGAUUUAGGAGCCCGGGCAUCCAGCUCACAAGUCUGUGGCUUCCGUUUCAGGAUCGAGGCUGGUCAUUUCCCUUCUAAAUAUUAACCCAGGGUUACAGUUCUGUCAUUGGCGCUCAUGAGAGCCCUUAUUGAUUCUCAUGAGUCAAGACUGUCCGUGCCAAGGUUUAAGGUUCACAAAAGGGUAACUGUAAUGAAGAAAGGUUGCAGCGUUUGGGGGGGUUUUAGUUUAAAGUCGAGAAAGAGGCGACGUGAUAGAAGUUUAUAAAAUUAUGCUUGGCAUUGGGAAAGUGGAUAGAGAUAAGUUUUUCUCCCUCUUGAAGCUACAACUUGUUGACUUCCAGUGAAGCUGAACAUUGGAAGAUUCAGGACAAGACAAAAGAACGUCCUUCACACAGCACAUAGGUAACACAUGGAACUCCCUCCCACUGGAGGUAGUAGAUGGCUUUAAAAAAAGAGGAUUAGACAAAUUCAUAGAGGAGGAGGAGGCUAUGCUCUGCCUCCAUAGUCAGAGGCAGUAAUGCUUGUGAAUACAAUCAUCUGCUUGGCCCCCCUUUGGCCUGAUCCAACAGGCUUUUCUUACAUUUUUAUGUCCUUAAGCUUUUUCCACUGUUGGUAUUUGCUUGAGUUGGGAGGCCUGGUUUUAUAGAACAGUCCUAUAAUGGCUGCCUUUAAACUGAGUCAUGCUGUAUGCUUUUCCACCCCUUUGUAGAGCCAGAUGGAGAAGAUGAGGCGAACCUAG